AUGGUUGGUUGCCAGCCAUCCCCCGACAUUUUCCUCGACCUGCCACGACAGCUCAGCAUCGCCAACCGCUCCGACAACAUGUCAAGCAGCCAGCAGGUCAACUCGGCUGCUCUCUAUGCAGCUCUUGGCCUCGCUCCUCCGCGCACUGUGGCACCGCCCCAGGUCUUGUCCUCGCAGAACAAUGAGAACCCGUCGAAUCAAUCCACACCGUUCGACUUCAGCGGCACUACCGGCCUGACAUCCAUGCCCAGUACUCCCCGUGGUGCCUCGCCUGCACCAGAUAUGGCCCCGCCUGGGUCAUACACCAUGCCAGGCCCUAACGAUGGUAUGGGCCCUGUACAGCCGUCGGGAUCGAGCGCCGAGUUGCCCGUCAACCUCGGUGCAACGAUGGGCUUUCAGCCACCCAGUGUUCUGGGCCGACGCCGUUCGCGAGAGGAUGAUGAUUACGCACCUCCAACAGGUCCCGCCCGGCAGAGUAUCCCAGGCCAACUGUUACGCGCCAUUGCUACGGAGAAGAGCAUGAAGGCUGGGCUGACAUCUGCGCAACUCGAGGAGGUGCUCACCUAUGUUGGGCUGUCAGUUCCAGAGAUGCUGAUUGACCUCAAGAUCCACCUCAUUAAAAUGGGUAACGACAUACUGAAUAGAUACUUCAAGAUCAUCUCGAGGCAUCCGGACUUUCAUAUCCGUGUACGCGCCGUUGUCGCUGCAGUGUUGCUCGCUGCGAAUGUCCCUGCUUACCAGAGCAAUGUGCUGAACCACAUCAUGACGCACCUCGAGCGCAAUCUUCACUUGAUCAACCUUGACGCUGCUCAUCGCAACGACCCGGCCGACUGGGCUGCAGUGAGGGCGGUCGUCUCGCAUGAGCUGGCGAUGUUACGGAACAGUUUAAAGACGAAGGCACGUCACGUUGUCACGCUGAAAGUUUACAUUGAGUUGUCAAUUAAGAACAAAGAUAACAUCUAUCAACUCACGAAGACACUGAUGACGCACGAUAUGAAAGUCGUCCAUGCACAUUGGGGACGCUUUGCUUUCUUGCGCCUGUUGACGAGCCAGAUCAAGAAGCGUAAGAAGAAAGGCAAGAAGAAGCUCAACUUCUGGAAAGAGAUCGACAUUGCACUGCUGAACAUUCGUACGACGUUCGCUCCGAUCACAAAUGUUGAAGAGAGAAAGCUGGCAAUCAGCGAGGUCUUCGCUGGCGCGCUCAAGGGUGAUGUCGCCCAGUAUGGCGAGAGCGCCUCGGACGUCGCGAUGACGAGCUACUCGCAGAACGAGCUCAGCCUUUUGCAAGCUACAACCGCGAACGUCGUAGAGUCUUUCAAGGUCGACAUUCAAGCGGUGAACGAGGGAGCCGAUGCAGACGCUGACGAGAACGAUGAGGACGACGAGGAGUAAGGUCGCUUGCAUCCCAAUGAAAUCUUACCUGGGUUCUCGUCUUGCUGGUGGAGCUCAUUACCUGUCCUCGUUGAUAUGUCUGUAUCGUAUCAUGUCUAUUACAGUAUGUUGAAUGCCGUUUAGACGAUC